GAGCUGGGAGCUCCAGGAAUCCAAAAGAAGAAACGGUUUCAUAUUGAGGAUGAAGAUGACAGCGACUGAAGAGCCAGAAGCCUAAGGGUAGAGACAGGCCUGUGUUUAGGUGUGUACUCUGGCCCAGACAUGCGUGGCCUCAGACUCAGCAUACCACUGGAGCUGCUGCUUUGUUGCUACCUCCUGCUGCACCCUGUGGAUGCCAUUUCAUAUGGAAACCAGACAAAUAUCCUGAUGCACCUUCCCUCAUCAUUGGAAUCCUGGCCACCCUCCUCAGGCCCCUUGCCCUGCCAGACCCUGCUCCCAAAGUCCCUGCCUGGCUUUGCCCAUAUGGCCCCUCUACCCAAGUUUCUGGUAGGCCUGUCACUGAUGAUGGCCCUGAAGGAAGCUGGCUGCCAUGCUGAUGCACAGGCCCUGCAGCUUCAGCUCUACCGCCAGGGGGGUAUACAUGCUACACAGAUCCUCACCCGACAUCUUCAACGGCUGGAGAAAGGCAGAAACACCGAGAGGGGCAUGUCAGUGGAUGCCCUGGCCUCUGCCCUGCGGCUGUUGGCCAGGGGACAGCCCGGCCCAGAAAGGGCCCGACGCUCCACCAUCCAGGACUGCGACUUUGAACAGGAGCAGGAUGUGCACAGUAUAAUCCAGUGGUUGCCGACAGUGAGAACCUACUACAACCUGGGCACAGCUUUGUAUUAUGCUACUCAGGACUGUUUGGACAAGGCCAAGGAACGAGGCCAAGAUGGGAUCAUAGACCUGGGUUAUGACCUUUUAAUGACCAUGGUUGGACUGGGAGGGGGGCCCAUGGGACUAGUGAUCAGCACUGCACUUAAACCUGCAGUGAAGGCUGGGGUUGAACGGUUGAUCGAGUAUAUGCAAGAGGGCUUGGGCAGCACCUCUAUGGUGUCCCCUUUGGUGUCAGACGUAGUAAAUUCAGCUCCUUACUGGGAGUGGCCCUUGUUCCAGGACUAUGAAUAUGAUCCUGAGAAUGAGAGUUUUGGAAUAUAAAAGGUGGUAAACACAGAAUAAAUAAAUCUAGUAUUCUGGCUGAGAAGGCUAACCCCUAUUUUGUAAAACUACUGUUUGGAAUUCUCUGCUAUUCUUUAGACGGCCUCUUAUUCUAAAAAAAAAUAAUAACUUUUCUUUCUAGCCUGCUUUAGCCUGCUUGAAUAAUGAAGAAGAUAAACUUAGCUGUCUGACCUUGUAGGCCAGAGACUAGAUACGCCCAUACUCUCAAUGCCAUGCCAGGUGCAUUUUUUAAUUGGAUAGAACUGUCUAGUUUUCAAGGCUACCAGCGAGAUAACCACUAAGCACACAUAGGGCUGGCUCUUUCAUAAAAAGGGAAGUUCUGCUUGUAGCUCUGCUUAGAAUUUGAAUUCAUUUUCUCUAAGCCCACCGCGGUGAAUAAAGUGUAACUCCAAA